AUUCCUGAUGUAACACUCGACGCUUCAAUUGACAAACUUAUCAGUAAAUUAACUUAAUUAACGCUAAGUCAUAAUGAUUGAAAAGAAGAUGCCCGCAUUCACGGAGUUCAGUGAAUUCGCCAGCCUAAGUGCUGGUGGUCAAGUAGCGUUUUCCACUGACGACUUCUUCGCGCCAUGCGAGAACAUGUUGCUGGACACAGAACCAGUCUUCAUUCCGGACAAGUACACGGAGUACGGCAAAUGGAUGGACGGCUGGGAGACAAGGAGGAAGAGGAUCACGGGACACGACUGGUGCAUCAUAAAGCUGGCAACUAAGUGUGUCAUCAGAGGAUUGCUGGUGGACACAUCAUUCUUUACGGGAAACUUUGCUCCGAAAUACUCAAUACAAGCAGCAAGUUUAACUCCCGAAGAGGAAGCACUGAUUCCUGCGAGAGAUACACGGAUGGGCUCGGCUUGCUGUCGCCGGGAUCUGGAAGAGGUCGAGCGACUUAAAUCGGACAAAUGGGAGGAGAUAGUGCCCGUUACGCCGCUAGAAGCGGGAUACGAGGACACCAGGCUUAACUUCCAAAAGGUGGUCAGCGAUGAAGCUUGGACACAUAUACGUGUGAAUAUAUACCCUGAUGGUGGAAUCGCCAGGUUUAGGGUGUACGGAGAGGCGCACCCGGAGCCUCCACCGAGUGAUCAGUUCGUUGACCUGAUCUCCCUUUUGAACGGUGGCACCUGUCAAGGCUACUCAAACGCACACUACGGACACCCUCGGAACAUGAUCAAACCAUGCAAGAGCGAGUCCAUGGGAGACGGCUGGGAGACGGCCAGGCGGCUCGAUCGACCUGAAGUAUUGGAGGCCAACGAGGAUGGCACCCUUAAGGUUCCAGGUGAAGAAUGGGCGGUAUUCAAGCUCGGCUUCCCGGGGCGAGUGCAGCGAGUGUGCGUUGACACGGCUCACUUCAAGGGAAACUUCCCGGAUUCUGUCAAGAUCGAGGGAGCGCAUCUUGGACACAGGGACUGGUAUCCAGACACCAAGUACGAUUGGAGUAGCAUCCUGAAACCUAGAAAGUUGUCUGCAGACCGUGAGCACUGGUUUGACUGCGACUCUGACAUCAUCACCCACAUUAGGGUCACAAUGGCUCCGGAUGGAGGGAUCAGUAGGAUAAGGACCUUCGGAUACGUCGAUCCUCGAAUUCACUAGAAAGACCUCCAUGUGCUCCAUAAACAUAACUGCGAAUUCGCAUCGCAUCGCAAAUAUCUGCGAGCUCGCACGAAUGCACCGCCAGAACUUUCGAUUUCGAAUGUAAAUCAAUACUAUAGGAAUACUGAAAGUAAAUCAAAUAUAGGAAUGCUAGUGGCACAAUGCAGAAAGUUAAAAUUUCAAUUAAUUUGAAAUUAGAAAUUCCAGGCUUCAGAAUUUUAGAACUUGGUUUGAAACUCUAGUAAACUUGGAAAUUGUAUAUUUUAUUUCGUCC